AUGCGGGAGGUCCAGGUUCGAGUCCCAGAACCGCAGGAGUCCCCAGAGUAUGUGAGCCCCGCUGGCAGCGGCUCCCACGCCCUAAGCGAGGAGUCAUUCCCGACCACCCGCUGGAGGCGUCCCCCUUCUUGUCCCUCCCCUCAAGGAGAGGUUGCACGACAGUCACUGCGCCCGCAGCGUCUCCCCUCCAAGGAGAGCGACAAGGAGAAGGACAAAGCCCAGGGCAUGGCACGGUGUUCAAGGGGCACUGCUCAGGCACCUCCUUGCCCUGCCACCGCAGCCCUGGGCAUGAGGGCCGUCCCCGGGGCCCCGGCCCGCAGCCUCGGCCUCCCGGUCCUCGUCCUGCUGGGCUCCUGCUUCCCCGCGCGGCCGGGAGCCAAGGAGCUGAAGUUCGUGACGGCCGUGUUUCGGCACGGAGACCGCAGCCCCAUCGAAACCUUCCCCGAUGACCCCAUUCAGGAAUCCUCAUGGCCACAGGGGUUUGGCCAGCUCACUCAGCUGGGCAUGGAGCAACACUACGAACUUGGAACGUACCUAAGGAAGAGAUAUGCAGAUUUCUUGAAUGAGUCCUAUAAACAUGAACAGGUUUAUGUCCGAAGCACAGACAUUGACCGAACAUUGAUGAGUGCAAUGACAAACCUUGCAGCCCUCUUCCCCCCGGAGGGAACCAGCAUCUGGAACCCCGGCCUGGCCUGGCAGCCCAUCCCCGUGCACACAGUCCCUCGAUCUGAAGACCAGUUACUAUACCUGCCUUUCCGAAACUGUCCUCGUUUUGAAGAACUUGAGAAUGAAACUUUGAUCUCAGAGGAGUUUCAGAAAAUGCUGGAUCCUUAUAAGGAUUUUAUGGAAACUUUGCCCAAACUUUCAGGAUACCAGGGACAGGACCUCUUUGGAAUUUGGAGUAGAAUCUACGACCCCUUGUUUUGUGAGGAUGUUCACAACUUCACAUUACCCUCUUGGGCCACCGAAGACACCAUGACCAAGCUGAAGGAAUUAUCGGAGCUGUCCCUCCUGUCCCUCUAUGGUGUUCACAAGCAGAAGGAGAAAUCUAGACUUCAGGGGGGCGUCCUGGUCAAAGAAAUCAUCAACAACCUGAUGAGUGCAACUCAGCCAUCGAACCGCCGCAAACUCGUCAUGUAUUCGGCGCACGACACUACCGUGAGUGGUCUACAGAUGGCGCUAGAUGUCUACAACGGACUCCUUCCUCCCUACGCUUCCUGCCACUUGAUGGAAUUGUACCUGGACCAAGGGGAGUACUACGUGGAGAUGUUCUACCGCAACGAGACGCAGCGCGAGCCGCACCCCCUCACCCUGCCCGGCUGCUCACACAGCUGUCCCCUGAGCAAGUUCACUGACCUGCUGGCCCCCGUGAUCCCCGGAGAAUGGGCUGAUGAGUGUCUGACCACCAGCAGCCACCAAGCUCUGAGGGUCGUCCUUGCUGUCGCCUUUUGCCUGGUGUCUGGUGUCCUGAUGGUGCUUCUGUUUACCCUCAUCCGCUACGGACCCUGCUGGCAGAGAGACCCCUACAGGAACAUCUGACCGGCCGAAGGAGGGAGGAGCAGCCAGGCAGUGCUCCCGCAGGGCAGCGUCUCGCUCAGAGGACAGGCUUUUGCACACAGGCAUCGCCCUGCACCCCCCAACACCCUUCCUUCCGAGCCUGCCUAAAGCCGGGCCUGAACGUUCGCCCAGGGACCCAGAGACAGCUGCGGGACUGGCCGAUGCAGGCACAGCCCAGUUAUUUCACUGGGUCUCCACCUUGAACUCCUCCGGGCUUUGCUGUGACUCGAACUGCCCAGGAGAGCACUAUUCUAUAGCAGCGGAGUCCAGAGAGAAAGAAGCAGCCAGACGCCAGCCUGCCGGGCACGGAAGGUUAAGACACAGAGAGGAGAGAAGACUGGAGAGGGGGCGAAAUUCGAAGGAGCCACACAGAGAAUGAUUUGGAAGAAGUAAGACCGUGGGGGGUGGAAACGUGACUCUGUAGCACUUAUCUCCCAUGGGUGAGGUACUGGGUUUGAUUCUCGGGGUGGACCACACACACACACACACACACACACACACACACACACACACACACACAUACACACACAAAGCCUCAACCAAAAGUUAAAUAAAUCAGCAUUUCCCUUAGUUAUUUAUUAAGUCGUGUUGAACUGCUAAGACACAUUAACUCGUGCAAGGGAACGCCAAGCAUAUUCGGGUUUGAUGGCUGAGAGGUGGCUGUGUGCUCCUGCAGCUACACAUCGAAAUGCAGACCCUGAAAAUGCCUCAGGAUUGAAGCCCCGGGGAUGGUGACAGCAGCCGAGGUAGCUGUCAUUCUGUUCAUUUCGCAGUUCAAUUUCUGUCAUGGAGAAGAACAAAAAAUUCCUCCUACCCGUAGUGGUUCUUCUGAACGUCUACUCACAGAGCUAAAUAUUUUGACAAUUCUGAUUUCUUUACAUCUUUCUUAAAAGCCGAAGAUAUUAGCUUGCUAUGGUUUAUUUGUGACCAAGAUGAGCUCAGCGUGCAUUUUAUUUCAGAGUAGAUCUCACUUUUUUUCACGUGAUGGGCUAGAGAGAAGGGCUCAAACCCACAGCCUCAGGCCUGCCCUGCCAAUAACCUCAGCACAGUGCCCUUCGACCUUCCACAGGACUGAGCUAUUCCAUCUUGUUUUCAUACUCUCACAUUGGAGGGUCUGGACUAGAAGGAUAGAAAAGUCAGAUCUGGCGCCUAUGUUCUGUAAACACUUUUUUAUAAUGCUUGUCAAGCAAACACCCUCACAAAUGGUACCAUGGCAGCAAGGCUGGAAGGUACUUGCCACUGUUUCAUUCUUCAUGGAGCUGGCAGGCAGCUCACUCAUUGGAAGGGGUCUUCCCCCACUUACUCAGCCACUACUGCAAGUGCUAAGGUAAUUCUGGUGGGAAGAACCAGAAGGGCCCUUUACCGAUGCUGUUCUUACGGGUCUUACUUAAGUCAGCUCCUGGUCCGUUUUCAUGCCUUCUUCUGGAGACGCAGGGCACGUGAGCGCAUUGGCUACCACGGCUACACAUUUGGAACUCUCCAGGGUUUCUGUCGAGCCUACUGUCAGGGUGCAAGUCAUUCUGGGAUCAUUGCCCAGUAAGGAAGCAGUCAUCCCUGCAUGUCUGCAAACUCCCUGCAAUACACACACACACACACACACACACACACACACUCACACACUCACACACUUACACACACAAGCGCAAACACAAAAUCUUCAUUUUUAUAAAUCUUCCUCUAUCCAUGAAUCCCACAGAC